UUCUUCAUUCAGAUUUCAAUUUCUCUUCACUGUUCCUUCUUCAAUUUUCAGAUUUGAUAGCUCUCAAAAUCGUUGAAUUGCGGCGAUCGAAGAUUCUUGGUUAAAUCCAUGGCUGAUGCACAGUUGAAGCAAAGAGGCUAUAUCUGGGCAAUUGCAGCUGGACUCAAUGCAGCUCUUGCCGCCAUUUCAGCCAAAUUCUUCUCAUCUCUCGUGAUUAAGUAUGGGUUAGUUGUAAUCUGCAAUGUGGUUAUGUGGGCAUGUUAUGUUAACAGCUUAAGAGCUUUGUCCUCUCUUCAAGCUACUGUCACAAACUUUGCUGCUAAUUUUCUAUCUUCUGGUUUAGCUGGACUCUUUCUUUUUCAAGAAUCGUUAUCGUUUCGCUGGUUUGCGGGAGCUUUGUCGAUCACUAUCGGAGUUCUAAUCCUCAUUAUGCCUCCUCCGGCAAUGCUUGCGUUUGACGAUGGUUUAGCCCGGAAAUCUAACGAUAAUGAGUGGCAAGGUUUCAGAGUUUUUCCAGGAGAAAAUAAAAACCCUAACCCUGAUUUCAAUUUCUUGGUUAAGAAGGCAAUUCUACAUAGCGAGAAAUCAACCAGUCCUCUUUUCUCCCGUUCGUCGGCAAGAGACGAUAGCUUCAGGAUUGUGUUGCCGCCUGCGAUGCCUCCUCCUAGAGACUCCGCUGUUCCGCUUCCUAUGCUCCCGGAGCCGAUGAGAGUCCGGAAGAAGCUUAGCCACCAAGAAUCAGUCAUAUUUAUGACGAAAUCGCGUUACUCAGAGAAGAUUCUCUAUAAGGAAGAAGAUUUCAAAUGUAAUGCCUUCUGCUUGUCUCUACCUAGCUUCGGAAAAAACAAGCCAGUUAGAUCUUCUUCGAAACGCCAAGAUUCGAUGGGGAAGAAGAUGAUUAGAGCUUCUUCCUUCACGGGAUCAACUGUUUCUGUACGCGCCUCGCUAGAGAAAUUCGAAUGCGGUUCUUGGGCAUCGACGACAGCUCUGAUUCAAGAUAACGGUCGGUUGUUUUUCGAUUUUCCGAUGGAGAUGACGAAAUGCAACAGCCGCGGUGGAAACGGAGGAAGAGAUGUGCAAGAACCGGUGACAUCAGGAUUCUUGUUCGAUAGAGAAACAGAGACUUUGGCUCUUAGAAGUGUUUUAAAGACGAGGAGUACUCGAGAUCACCGGCGAUCAGCUGAGACUUCACCGCAACGUCGUGUAAGAUUCUCGACUUCGUCUUCAUCGGCUUCAGUUUCAUGCCCUACUUCGCCGCGAACUUGUAUCACUCCACGUUUGCGUAAGGCUAGAGAUGACUUCAAUACCUUCUUGACCGCACAAAACGCUUGAACAAGGAAAACAAAAACAGAACACCGAGAGUUUUUGUUUUAAAUAUGUAUUUAUGAAUGUAAUGUAUCUACGGAUGAUGUGUAAAUAUUAUGGAGAGAAAGAGUGUUGAGUCUUUGAGAAAUCAAAAUCGAUAUAGGGUUUAUGAUUCUGAAAUAACUCAAAAGUAGAAUUCUUAGUGUUUGCUUAGAAGCUCUGUUUCUAACUUUAAUCUCCAGUUUUUGAGGGUUUGUUUGGCUUUGUUGAAUCUUUGCGAAAUAAAAGUUGAAGAAGAGU